AUGUCCUACACAACCUCAGGCCUGGAGCUGACCCGUGUCACUGCGGUUGACAGCGCAGUACAGGUGGUGUACAACAUGCAGCGCCUGCAUGCCCCUGCCCCCAGAGAAGAGAAGGCGGGGGAUAAGGAGCCAUUGCGUCUGACCACUCUGUCCCCUGGGAAGGUAACGGAGAGGACCUCUCAUCUCACCAGGCAAGGCAAGGAGAUGCAGUCCAACACGCCUCCACCAGAGUCCGUGAGGAGAGGCCUGGCCCCCCGCACCAGGCUGCCCACCGCCCAGGAGCUGUGUGACCUCCAGGCCUCCAGGGACUCAGCCAGCCUGCCCCAGGCUGCCCAGCAGCCGGCCCCGAAGCACUCCUCCAUCCACAUCUCAGCUGCAGACGGCGACAGGAGGAGGAUGGCCCUGGUCCCCAAGCCCCGCCUGGCUGCAGGUGCCAAGAGGCCCCUCCCGGACAGCAGCAGCAGCAGCCCGCCCCCCAAGGCCCAGGGGCUGGGCAGCCAGCUCCCAGAGACACGCGCCCCCUCGGGCCAGGCGUCCAUGGCCUCCAGCACCGGGCCCCCCAAGCGCCUGGCCCGCGGCCCCCCUGUGCAGAGUUCUCUGAAGCCUGUUCCACCAGAAGAGGGUGGGGACAAGGUCCCCUCUGUCACCCGUCAACGCUACCUCGGCCUGUUCCUGGACCAGUGUCUCAAGUUCUGCCCCUCCACCCAGGAAGCCAUCGAGAAGGCGCUCAAGGAGGAGAAGGCGGCCUACCGCCAGAGCCCCAGCAAGAGGAAGUACCGCAAGCUGGCCGCCAGCACCUUCCACAAGCUGCGCGGCCUGGCCCCCGGCCCCGGGCCCGGGCCCUGCCAAACCGGGGGCCGCAGCGCUGUGUCCCGGGACGUGGAUCUGGGGGGCAAGAUGGACACCCAGACCUGCUUGUCCCUCCAGCGCCCGGACAGCCCCCGCGGGGAAGAUCCCGGGAAAGGGGCCGCCCUGUACCAGCGCCUCAAGGAGCACCUGCUCACCCAGGCCCAGCUGAAGGAGCUGGGCUACCCCUUCCCGCACCCCGAGACGCCCGGGGGCGCCGUCCUCUUCACCAACCAGGAGAAGCCGCCCCAAGACCCCUCCCGCAGGCUCUGCUGCCGCUGUGGCACCCAGUACCUCGUGGCGCCCUCGGGCCGCUGUGUGCGCCAGGAAGCCUGUCACUACCACUGGGGGCGGCUGCGCCCCACUCCCGCGGCUGGGCGCUGGGAGGUCCAGUACACCUGCUGCUCGGCCGCCAUCGGCUCCCCUGGCUGCCAGGUGGCCCAGCAGCACGUGCGGGACGGCCGCCAGGAGGACCUGCAGGGCUUCGUGCAGACCUCUGCCAAAGACCUGCCCCCGGGCGCUCACCCCGGCAUCUACGCCCUGGACUGCGAGAUGUCCUACACCACCGCCGGCCUGGAGCUGACCCGCGUCACCGUGGUGGACAGCGCCGGGAGCGUGGUGUUCGACACCUUCGUCAGGCCCCAGCGGGACAUCGUCGACUACAACACCAGGUUCUCGGGAGUGACCGCGGCUCACCUGGCCCGCACCAGCGUCUCGCUGCGCGACGUGCAGGCCGUCUUGCUCACCCUCCUCCACGCCGACACCAUCCUCAUCGGACACAGCCUGCACAGCGACCUGCUGGCCUUGAAGCUCAUCCACAGCACCGUGCUGGACACCUCCGUGCUCUUCCCGCACCGCCUGGGCCUCCCCUACAGGCGCUCCCUGCGCAGCCUGGCGGCCCACUACCUCGGACGCGUCAUCCAGGACGGCGUGCAUGGCCACAGCUCCAGCGAGGACGCCAGCGCCUGCCUGCACCUGGUCAUCUGGAAGAUUGGACGAGACGCCGAGACCCAGCGCUCACUACCGCCCAGUGCUUGA